AUUAAUUAAGAAAAUCGAUAAUUUGGAAGAAUCAAAAUGGAUGACUGAAAAUGGAUGAACGUUCAUGAAAGAUCAGGCAGGACUUACUACGAGGACUACGAGACGGAACACGAGGGCGCGCGCGUUGCAGCAACUUACGGUUUCCGGCAUGACCACGUGACCAAAUAACGGUCGCUGGUGCGCCGACAUCUCAUGGAAAAUUCCCAUUUCUGCGCGGCAAACCUCCCCCCUUUUGUGUAUAUAUGUAUAUAUGUACAUAACCAUCCACCCCCGCCUCAUCAUUCGUCGUUCACCAUAUAAAUCCCCACCACACGAUCGUCAAGUACCUAUGUACAACCUCCCACUCCUUCAAAAUUCUCAUUCUCCCCCACCAUGCGGCCGCACGAUACCGGAUGUGCGGCAACGUCGCAACCGUUAAGUACAUAAGGACAAGCGCUAGGAAGGGGGGAUGAGGGGGCAAGAAGAGGGUCGGGGACAGACGGAUAAGGGGAAAGAGAGGAGAGGAAAGGAGAGGAAGAGAAAAGAGAGUAAGAGGAGAGCACGAGAAAGAACUGGCAACGUGUGCCACAUUCAAAUCUGGUCCGAGCCCUGGUCGGCUUCUCCUCGUAGCAAAACAGCGGAAAACGCGGAACGAGAGAAAAUCGCGAUACGCGCUUGCCGACGAAUGUCGCGUACCUCGCGCGUGUCGCGAUGUAAUAUCGCAACGUGGAGACGCGUAGCGCGCGCCAACAGUGGCAUCGGUGUCGCGGCAGCGUGUGCUCGAAAAGUGCGUUCCCCGUCGAUGCGCGUGUACGUGCUCUCGCUUCCUCUCACCGUUCCCGGCUACACGCGACGCACCUAGAACAGUAGCACGACGCGGCACGAGCGCGUCUUCAUCGAGAGCGCUCUCUCGCGCGCGUUGCGUCGACUCCCGCUUCCUUCCGGCUCUUUCGUCGCGCGCGUACAAAUUUUCGCGCGCGCCUUCCUCGAUCCUUCAAGCACGCGAGUUCGCGUAGAUGUCAAAGGCGCGCGGUAGUGUCGUCACCGCGUCGCGAGCAAAGUCCCUCACGGCGACGUGGAAUUAUGUGUAUGGAUAUCCAAUUUAACGAGAAGAAGAAGAUGGGCGACAGGAGUAUCGACGAGGACGUACAGAUCGUCGAGGCCUACAUCAACAAAGCUUUCGAUAAAGUCGUCGUGAAGCAAGAACGUCCAGAUGAAGCGGAGAUCCGUGAACUGGCUGCCAAAAUGGUGGAAGCAAAUAAGGCGAAAAUGCUGGCCAACGUGCCAGCGGCGCAACAACAGCAAAGGCCACAAUUUCUUCUACCGCCGCCUGCAGCCCAUAUCCCCGAUAUUCUCGGAUUUCUGAACAAACGGCCGACCGAUAGUCCUUUGAAACCACCGUCGGCCAGUCUGGAGAGCAAAGUGCCGCCACCCGACGACGACAGUCAGAGAGGACGAUUCGGCUGGACAAACUUCGACGAGUGUCACAUACCUUAUAUAUUUCGCUCCGGCGAAAAGUACUGCGCCGUACGCAUCUUAGAAUCUAAGCUUCUCAACAAGUACCUGAGCUAUCUUCACUCGGAGAUCUACAGUUGCACGUGUAUAAGGAGUUACUACAUCACGGAAGCUGAGAGCAAGCUCUUCAACGAGAUCAACAGCAAGCACUGCGAGAAUCAGUUCGGUAGGGACGCGUUCACGUGCAAGGACUUGGUGGUACGUCUCUCGGAUGCCAAGGAGUUUUAUACGUUCCUCGACGUGUGCUACACCAAGUUGACCGCCGGUACCAAUCCGAACGUAGCGAGCGGUCGGAAGGCGGAAAAAUGCGGUUUUAUACGUAUAAAUAAAGAGUCUGUGGUUCCUUACACGGUGAAAGAUGGUCUGCAAUACGUGCCGUUGUUUUAUUUCGAAGGCGAGACCGAGAAUCUUAAACUGAAGGCGGAAAAGCUCGAAGGCUGGGAUCUGUCUUACUUAAAGUUCUGUUGCAAGGUACAGGGUAUACGUAACGAAUUGUUCGCCAGUGAAACGUGCUCCGUGAUCAGUUUGAGUGAUAUUAAGAGUUAUUUUCCGCCGGGUACCGGCUUCGAGGACUACUGGCCGACCAAAGUUAUGGACUCGCAGUUGUUGGUGAACAGCAACGGUGGUGGUAGUGGCGGUGGAUGGACGAAACAGCCGCCUACACCGCCCGCGACUAAGCCUACUUCCGUACCGAGCGGUGUGAAUAAAGUGAUACCACCGAUAAACGCGCGCGCGGCACCGAUGCCUAACAUGAUGCAACGGGGAGCCGUCGUGAACGCGGCACCGCAGUUGCCGCGAAUAGGGCAGCCGCGGCCUGUCGCGACGACGCAUCCCGCGCACUCUUCUCCGUCGGGGCUCCCGACUGGUAGAUCGAACAUAGUGUCGCAGCCUAUGCUCAACACCGUCCAAGGUGUGGUAAACGGUUGGUCGGGUCUCGUCGGUGGUCAACCGACGUUCCAAACGGCACUUGGUUCUCAGACCAAUUCUAUUAUACGGGCCACUCUGAAUAUGCAUAGCCCAAUGACAGCUGCUUCCAAAACUUAUUCUCAGCAAUCUAGGAGUAGAGUGAGCAAUAGCGGAGCAGCAACGCAAUAUCCUGGAGUAUAUCCUGCUACAACUAUGCAGGGUGUUGUUCAACAAGCCCAACCACCACCGCCCCUUGUCAGAGCAACCGUUCACUCCAAUCAACCUAAUCUCGGUUAUCCAACCUAUGGGAAGGAUGACUGGGUAACCACUACAUACACAACACCUACAUUAGGUGUACCCAAUGCAGUCACAGCAAGUACAUAUCCACAGAUGCUUGGUUUGAGUGAACAGGUUCAGGCUUUGAUGCCAGUACCCACGUCGGCAUCAACCUUAUUACAUCCACAGAGGCAUACACCAUCUGUACACAACACAUCUCAUGCAAAGUAUCCACCUCCUCUGAUACCAGUUAAUGGUAGUAGCAACAGCAGUAGCUCUAGGGAUUCUCGAGGGAGAAAACCAUUAAUACCAAUAUCGGAAACGCAUAUAUCCCCUUACGACGUACAACCGUAUCGAAUGGAAAAAGCACUAGUUGAUGAAAAGAUGGUACCUUGCAUCAACUUCAAACCUUACCUCUACGGCGAGCUGUUGAUGACGCUACCCGAUUUUAUCUCAAGUUACUUUCCUGCCUGCGACAUCGACAGAUGUAGACAAGUCAUCACGGAUGUUCUGCACAUAGACCUUUAUCAAGGAAAUAGGCUACAAAUGCAGAUGCUGAUGAAAGCGGGCAAAUGUUCUUCGCUAACCGAAGAUCUACCUUUGAUCCAAGUUAGGAGUGUAAUGAAGUACAUGCCACAGUUUAAAUACAUGUUCAACAGUAGAGACAUGGUCAUGCCUGCUCCAGCUCAUUCGUCUGAGGAGCACCCUGCCAAAAAGCGUCAACGUACCAGCUAGGAUUGGCUACAGCCUUACUGGCCUACAUACGAUUACUACCAUUCGGCAUUUUAAAUAAGCCGAUCAUAUCUCGAUACGCGUACGAUAAUGUCGCACUGUUAUGGAACUGCACUCGAGAUAGGGGAAUUUAAACGAAAGAUUAUAUCUUGUGUGUGACUCGUGCAACAGGACGUGUAUGACUCUGGUGACUCAUGUUUGUGUACAGUGACAUAGUGCGGGCUAUUUCUUUCUCCAAAGUGUACCUAAAGUCUGUCUUAAAACGAGCGUGACUGUAAAUAAAAUCGCGGCGGAUAUAGGAUGUUAUAUGGUUGAUAAUUCAGAUCUGCUUUUGUGUAGAAAAGUUCUUUCUUUCAUCUUUCAUUUUCGAGGCCUGUCAUAAUGUGAGGAUUACUUCGUGCAUUGUUACAGGACGAAGACAAGAAGCAUUAUAUUUAAUUGUUUUCAAAUUAAAUAUCAUUCCACACGUAAACACACACACACACACACAAAAGCAUACAUUACACGUAAUAUAAUAUAUGAACACACAUUAUUUUACUUCUACCUCUUCGCAAACAAUGAAGAUUACUCUUUCAUUUUUUUAUAUUUUAUCUUUUUGUUACAUGUUAUUGUCUCAUUUAAAGGAGAUAGUAGUUCUGUUCUAAAAAAAACUCGGAGAAAGAAAAUGUUAUCCAGUUUAUAACUGGACAUGAUGGACGUGCAUAGAGUUAUUCUAAAAUGAAUAACUUAUUUUGCAUAUUAAAUGUAUAUAUUAAUAAAAAAAAAUGAAAAGCAGAAGUAAUGCUUCUUCAAGUUCCUAGCUAUUACUAAUACAUAUUCUGAUAACUAGCUGCAAGCUAAUUUAAAAGCAUUGAUCCACUUAUUCAGCGCAAUAAUUUUACGUGAGUUAUAUUACUUUCUUAAUUAAUUCAUUUAAUAAAAUUAUUAGAUAUAAUAUAUUGAUGUUUUUGUUUGAUUUGUUUUGUAAAAGUACUGUGUACAAGAAUGUGGUGAAUUAUCAUGUAAAGUAAUGGAGAGUGAAACAAAUGCCUAUUUAAUGUCAAACGAUUGCAGUAAGCAAUACCUCAUGAACAUGCUACGUUUGCGCGAGAUGAGAUAAUAUAUAGAAAAUGACAGAGUUGAAAAACAUGACAUGGUUUCCUGCAUUCCUAUUGUAAUAUGUGUAUUUAUGAGCAAUACUCAGCAAUAUUGCUCCUGCAUCUUGCUAAUAUUCACACUAUAAAGUUUUGCUUUACAAUAAUUUAGAACAAUUUAAGAAACAUUUUUCGAGAUUUGUUACAUCAUAUUUUGUGCCUAAAUUGAAUUUUAUGCGUUCGUUAAAAAUGUGUAUCUCAUGAUUGAGGGUUAGCGUGAAGAUCGCUUAAGUUGGAUAAAGAAAGUUACACAUAUUAAAUGGUCAAGAAAGAGAGAGAGAAAGAGAAAAAUGUAUGAAAAUGUAGAGAAGAAAAAUGUUUGUAAUAUUUAUCCAGGCCGAGCACAUUAAGUGUAUUGAAUGCAAUAUUGAUAUCCGAUAAAGAGUUUCGGAUUCAAAAACCAACUAAAAAUGUGACUUUGUUCAAAGCGAUAGUCUGAUUCAAUCUUGAUUGCUUUACGCUUAACCCAUUUCAUAGAUACAUCAUUAAACUUGCAUAAGCGUCUAAAAAUGUUCAAGCUACACAUACGAUGUACGUAGAAGGGUGUUAAAACGUUUCAUGUGUGCGAGAUAUAACAGGAAAACGAUAACGUUUAAACAAUGAAAACAACUUGAUCAAAUGUGAAACCAUGUUCUCAAAUGGGUCUUCCAUUGAUUAUUGAUUCAUAAACGUAAAUAAAAUUUUCUUUAAUUUAAUAAAUUAUUUCAAACUAUUAGCGGAAAGAGCAUAUUGUUAAACGAUAAUUGUCGAUGAUUGUUAAUUUUGAUCUCGACUAUAAUAGAAUGCAGAACGCAGGAAAAUUUAUAAUUUUGGAGCAAUGCGUAAGGUGUUAUUCUCAUCUCUUCUCAAAUUAGAACAGAGAAUUCAAUAAUUAUUAUCGAUGGGUUACUUUUUCGUCACUCAUUAAUUUUAGUAUAAGAAAUCUCUCUAAAAGAAGUACAUAUUGCAAACGAGUGUAUAUAAAGAGAUAAUUAUGACGACCGAUUCAUGUCGAACGUGAAUCUUCUACACAAGACGAAAAUUGGAUAUUCUAUCGUAAUAAUUAUGGCGUUUCAUUAUUUAUAAAUAAUAUAAUAUUUUGUUGCACAACUGGAAGAUCUUACUGUUGAAAGAUUCUCCCUUUUUUUCAGACUGGUAUUUCCUGUUAUAAAUAAUUCAAGCAAUUGUAGAAGAAAUAAAUCAUCGAAGAUGAAAAUAGUUUGCAGUUACUGUCCAAAAUAAAGAAAAAAAAUAAAUUUGAAUGGCGAUCAAUUAAUUUAAUCGAUCAUUUUCAUUAAUUCAGUUUCAUAGUAUUCAAUAUUAUGUACAUACAGCAGACUUGUGGUUAUUAAACAUGUGUACAUUUUAUAUGCUUUACCUCAAUUACGAGUAAGAUAGUUUCAUGUGAUUAUUGAACAAUGUCGUAGUUUAUGAAAACACCAUAGAACAAUGUGUACAUAUUUGGCAGAGUAUGAUGAUUUUACUUGAUAAUCCUUUAGUGCAACCAAAAAUGUUCAUGGAAUUUUCUGAGUUAGUCUGAUGAAAGCAUAUACUAUCUUAUUUUAGUAUGCAUAAUUGUUGUACACGCUAGUUCUUUAAGGACGCAAAAAAUGGAUCCAGUCCAAUCUAGAAUAUAAUUAUUUUAUUACAUAUGUAAAAUUAGAUCGCGUUUAUUUGUUAACAUUUGUUAAAAUAAUAUGUAUUAAAAUAUGUAUAAUACUUUAUCUCUCGCGCUAUCGUUUGUACAUAUAGGGUAUAAGAAAAUAGGACUAACUAGUUAUUUCAAAUAAAUUAAUGAUACAAUCAA